AUGUCUUACACUCAACCACAUCCAUACUUAACUGGCAACUAUGCUCCAAUUUAUACUAUUCUUAACUCAGAGCCGUGUGGAGUUGAAGGGUCUAUCCCAGAUGAAUUUCUAGGGGGCCAAUACGUGAGAAAUGGUAGCAAUCCGUUAAACGACGACAAUCAGCGAGACCACCACUGGUUCGAUGGCGACGGCAUGUUGACAGGUGUUUUCUUCAAACGUUUACCAGAUUCCAAGCGUGUGCAACCUUUGUUCACGAAUCAGUAUGUUUUGACCGAUGUCCACUGCGCAGCAACUCAGAAUAAGCGCCUGUAUCCUAUUAUACCCAGCAUGGCUACCUUGGUGAACCCCAACCCUUCACGGUUACGGAUACUUCUCGGAAUGCUGCGAACCUAUAUCAUUGUGUUUGCAUCCCUGUUCAAACUCAUCGCUCGCCCGAUCAAAAGGGUCGGAGCGGCCAAUACAAGUGUAUUCCACCACGACGGCCGUGUCAUGGCAACCAAUGAGAUUGGGCCUCCAAUGAGAGUUCUUCUACCUUCCUUGCAAACUAUCGGCUGGUUUACCGGCACCAGAGCGCGAGGAGAGUCCAAGGCUCGGGACCCUCUUGAACCGCACUUUGGGUGUGAGGGUAUCGAGGGCUUCUACAAGGAGAUGACAACCGCUCAUCCACGAGUAGAUCGCACCACCGGAGAGUUGAUGCUUUUCCAUUCCACAUUUCUACCACCAUUCAUUCAUUAUUCUAUUGUGCCUGCGGGGGAUAAAAAGGAUGGACCGCGUCUCAAUUUGCCUGUACCUGGCAUUUCAUCCGGUAAAUUGAUGCACGAUUUUGGUGUCUCUCGUCAAAAUACUGUUAUCGUCGACUGUCCAGUCACUUUGAAUCCAUCCAAUCUGGCGCAGAACAAAGCUGUAGUCGUGUAUGAUCCUGAGGGGCUUACCCGUCUGGGGGUCUUUCCGCGACAUUUCCCAGAGAAAAUCCAAUGGUAUGAAACAGACCCCUGCAUUGUUAUGCACACUGCAAACACAUGGGACGAAACUACCCCGCUGGGAAUGCGAGUGCAUAUAUUGGUCUGUCGAAUCAACAGUCUUGCCCCAUUGUAUCAUAUGGGCGGCAUGGAAGCCCCUGCCUCCGUGUGCCCCCAGCAGCCCGAGUGUCGUCUGUACUAUUACCAGAUACUUUCUGGGCUGACACAGCAAUGGGCUCUCUCGGCUAUUCCGUUUGAAUUCCCUCAUGUGCCCCGGCACCUUGAGAUGACAGCUGCACAGUUUAUAUAUGGCUGUUCCAUGCGGCAGGGGGACUUUGUGUCCUCCUCUAUUGGAAAUGUGAAGAUUGACUGUCUGGUAAAGAUGGAUGUGCGGCGCCUUUUGGAAAUGGGAGAGGAAAAUCCUCCAACCAAGGGGAGUGGGGUCGUUGACGAGAGAACGAUCCAGCAAGUAAUCUCUUCUGAAGACUUGGACGACCCAAUCCAAGUCUUUGCUUUACCCGAUCAGUGGUAUGCACAAGAAUGCUCAUUUGUGCCCCGCCAGCCUAGUACAAGGGAAGAUGAUGGAUGGCUCGUCACUUAUGUUUUCGAUGAAUCCCAACUGAACGACAACGGCGAACCUCCGGCAGAUUCUAAGGGUGAGCUGUGGAUUAUCGAUGCGAUAGGAAUGAAGGAUAUUAUAGCAAGGAUCACCUUGCCCCAGCGCGUGCCUUACGGUAUGCAUGGAAACUGGUUCCCCGAGGAGGAGAUUCUCAAUCAGCGAGACUAUGCCCACGUUCGCACUAAAUGA